AUGGCCGACGUUCGCCCAAACAUCGUCUUUAUCAUGGCCGAUGACCAUGCCUCCAAAGCAAUUUCCUGCUAUGGGGCCGGCAUCAACCACACCCCUAAUCUCGAUCGCAUAGCCAACGAAGGCAUGAAGUUCAACCACUGUUAUGUCACCAACAGUAUUUGCACCCCUUCUCGUGCCGCGAUCUUGACAGGCACUCACAACCACGUGAACGGCGUUAUGACCCUCGAUUCCAAAAUCAACAAACACAUGCCAAAUGUGGCCAAGCACCUCCGAGUGGGUGGCUAUCAGACUGCCAUGAUUGGAAAAUGGCAUCUGGGGGAAGGAAAAGCACAUGAGCCGACAGGAUUCGACUACUGGGAAGUUGUCCCCGGACAGGGCGAAUAUCACGAUCCGCAGUUCAUUGGGCCCAAUGGUAUUGUGCGCGAAAAGGGAUACGCGACAGAUAUCAUUACCGACAAAAGUUUGGACUGGAUUAAAGCCCGGGACACUAAGAAGCCUUUUUUCCUAAUGUGCCACCACAAGGCGCCACACCGCAGCUGGGAAUGCGAUCCAAAGCACAAGGACUUAUACAAAGACCCUAUCAAGGUGCCAGAUACAUUCACAGAUGACUAUAAAAAUCGCGCUAAAUCGGCUGCGGCUUCGAAGAUGCGCGUGGCACAGGACUUGACCUACUUUGAUCUUGGACUCGCACAACCAGACGGGCCCGCUCAUAUAGUCGGAGAGAAAAUGGUCGAUGAGUGGUGGUCGCAGGAACGAAAAAUUCCUGACCCUGAGGACGUAACAACACUCAAAUUGAUUGACAAAGAAGAUGGAAUUGUGUUCAACUUCCAAACGCGCCAAGAGCUCGCCGAGUUCAAGUUUCAGCGCUACAUGCAGCGCUACCUGCGCACGAUCCAAAGCGUCGAUGAUAACGUGGGUCGGAUGCUAGACUAUCUUGAUGCUGAGGGUCUUUCUGAGAACACUAUCGUCAUCUAUACAUCUGACCAAGGGUUCUUCCUUGGCGAACAUGGCUGGUUCGAUAAGCGCCUCGUUUACGAAAACAGCUUUAACAUGCCCUUCCUCAUCAAGUACCCGCGGGAAAUCCCCGCUGGAAGUGUCUGCAAUGAUAUCAUCUGCAACGUUGACUUCGCGCCAACGUGGCUAGAUUUCGCGAAAGUGCGCCUGCCGACGUAUAUGCAGGGUGUCAGUUUCAGACCGUUGGUACAGCAGAAGACCCCAGCGGAGUGGCAACAGGUUGCCUAUCAUCGAUACUGGAUGCAUCGCGACAUUAUCCAUGAUGCGCAUGCACACUAUGCUGUCAGAGAUAAGCGGUAUAAGUUAAUCUAUUGGUACAACGAGAGCUUUGGUAUUGAGGGCGCUAGGCUGGGUGGUGAGGAGAAAGAGUGGGAAUUGUUUGAUCUGGAUGAGGAUCCGUUGGAACUGUUCAACUGCUACCAUGAGGAUAAGUAUAGUGAUGUGGUGAAACAAAUGACUUCCCUACUUGAACUGAAGAUGGAGGAAAUUGGAGACGAGCCUGUCCACCCACGGUGA